CAGUCACGCACUAGGGGGAGAGAAAAAGAGAAAGUCCUAGACGCUCCUCCUGCUCCAGAACAACACGUCCCCUCUGACACAAACAUGCAAAAAGACAAAAAAAGUCAGAACCUCUUCCAAGCAGACCACAGAAGCACUAAGGGACGACUUUGUCUGGGCUUUGCAGCUCUUCUGAUUCUCUUAUCACUUUCACUGUGGCUGUCAUCUGAGUGAGGGAUUUGGGAAUAGAAGAAACCGUCCUAUUAAUAGCUGGUUGGUGGACUGAGCAAAUGGAUAGAGGAAUUGGCAACUGAGGAAACUGACUCCAGUAUAUUCAGCAAAAUAUUUUUGCAAUAAGGACUUCACCUUGCACUCCUUCUGACUCGCUCCACAGCCUCAGUGUAAACUUGGUUUUGAGAUGUUCUAACUAGGCUGCCAAGUGAACAGUUCCCUUUGGCAAACCUCUCUCUCUGGUGUUUUCUUGCCUUACCCCACACGGUCCCCCUUGCAUACAAGUUCUCCAGACUAGCACUGAUCUUCGGUUAAAGGAGCUUAAUGUGGAUUGCCCGCGAUGGAAUGUAGUACGUGGGCUGUUCAAAUUCGGGAGACCUUCAAACUGAGGAGACCUUCACAGUUUUGGAGUGGUGUCUCUUCAUCUCGGACCUUGUUCUCCAACAAAAGAGUUUCGGACGCUUAGCUUGACUUUUUGUGGAUUGCCUCAUAGAACUCAAGAUGCGUCGUUUUGACAAGCUCAAAAAAUCAUUCCCUUUUUUUGCUCAUUUCCAUGUGUACAGAAAGCUGGGCAGCAGUAUGCAGUGUGAGGAGGGCACUGAGUGGCUGCUGGAGCUGCUGAUGGAAGUGCAACUGCAGCAGUACUUCCUGCGCAUCCGUGAUGAGCUCAACGUUACACGUCUCUCGCACUUUGACUAUGUGAAGAAUGAGGACCUGGAGAAGAUUGGUAUGGGCCGGCCGGGUGAGUCCAACCAAGGGCAAAGACGGCUGUGGGAGGUGGUGAAGAGGAGAAAAACCAUGUGCAAGCGCAAGUCUUGGAUGAGCAAGGUUUUCAGUGGGAAGAGACCAGAAGGAGACUUUAAUCCCCAGCCAGCCAGUACUUUCCGAAAACCCUCCCCCACAUCUCCACCGCUGGACAGCCAGCAGCAGACCCUCACCUGUCUCAUCAGCGAGAAAGACCUUGCCCUCUUUGAGAAACUGGGCGACGGCUCCUUCGGCGUGGUCAAACGUGGAGAGUGGUUCACGCCAAAUGGAAAAGUGCUCAAUGUGGCAGUGAAGUGUCUGAAGACAGACGUGCUCAACCAACCAGAUGCUCUGGACGACUUCAUCUGUGAGGUCAAUGCCAUGCACUCUCUUGACCACCAGAACCUCAUCCGUCUCUACGGAGUCGUCCUCACACACCCCAUGAAGAUGGUGACUGAGCUUGCGCCUCUUGGCUCCAUGCUGGAUCGUUUGAGAAAGACCCUGGGCCAUUUCCUCAUUUCCACCUUGUGUCAGUACACCAUCCAGAUUUCCAAUGGCAUGGGUUACCUAGAGUCCAAACGCUUCAUCCACAGAGACCUGGCUGCCAGAAACAUCCUGCUGGCUUCCAGUGAGCAGAUCAAAAUCGGAGACUUCGGACUAAUGAGGGCACUGCCUAAGAACGAUGACCAUUACGUCAUGCAAGAGCAUCGCAAAGUCCCUUUCGCCUGGUGUGCCCCAGAGAGCCUGAAGACACGCACAUUUUCUCAUGCCACAGACACAUGGAUGUUUGGUGUGACACUAUGGGAAAUGUUUACCUACGGUCAGGAGCCCUGGCUCGGACUAAAUGGUAGUCAGAUCCUCCACAAAAUAGAUAAGGAGGGUGAAAGGCUGCCUAAACCAGAGGACUGUCCUCAGGACAUCUAUAAUGUCAUGAUGCAGUGUUGGGCUCAAAAACCAGUUGACAGGCCAACCUUUGUGGCUCUAAGGGAAUUUCUAAUGGAAACCAUGCCUACAGACAUGAGGGCCCUGCAGGACUUUGAUGAACCUGACAAGCUUCAAAUCCAGAUGAAUGAUGUCAUUACCAUCAUAGAGGGCAGGGCAGAGAACUACUGGUGGAGAGGUCAGAACAAGCGUACCCUGAAGGUUGGUCAAUUUCCCAGGAACACGGUCACGUCAGUUGCAGGUCUCUCUGCCCAUGACAUAAGCCGUCCACUGAAGAACAGCUUCAUUCACACAGGCCAUGGAGACUCUAAUCCUCACCGCUGCUGGGGCUUUCCUGACAGAAUCGAUGAUCUUUAUCUCGGGAAUCCCAUGGAUCCUCCAGAUGUGCUAGGGCUGGAUUUGAACUCUGCCAGACCAACUCAACUCCCUGGACGUGCUAGGAAGGAGCCUCCCCCUCGGCCCCCUCAGCCAUCUUUGCUGGUUAAGAAACCUUGCUAUGAUGUUGUUGCUGAGGAUGAGGACCAAUCUUCAUCAGGUCUUCGGCGACUCUCUUUGAAGAAGAAGGGCCUUAAGCUCAAACCAGCCGCCUGGGUCUCUGCUACCAAAUUAGGUGAUCGUUCGACAUACGGUGUGCGGACUCCAGGGGGCAGCACUCCCACAGAAGUCUCUCUCAUAGACUUUGGAGAGGAGUUUCCAUCGAUCACACCUUCACCCUCUCCUGUGAUGGAAAUCCAGAUCCCAACCCUUGCUAAACUGGCACUUGAAGCAGAGAACAUUUUGGACAGAACUCCUCCUCAGAGCCCCUCACGCUCUCUACCCCGCCCCCUUCACCCUACCCCAGUGGUGGACUGGGACGCCCGGCCCCUUCCUCCACCCCCAGCCUAUGACGAUGUAGCACAAGAUGAAGAUGACUUUGAAGUGAGUUCUAUCAACAGUGCGGAACGCGGAGCUGAUGAACCAUGCUCUCCACGUACGCCCUGCACUCCUACCAGUGAGUGCAAACCUCAUGUAGAAGACAAUUUGUUUUUGCCCUGCAGGCAGAGUAAUGCCUGCACCUUCUCGCAGUCUGCUGAGAUCUUCGAAGAGUUGCAGCAGGAGUGUAUGAGGCACCUCAAUGUACCUGUGAGCUCUACCAGCCCUUGUCUGGAGACACACCGCCAGAUUGUCCUAACGUUUUCUGAAGACAAACCCCAGAUACCCCCACGCAUCCCCAUACCACCCCGUCCAGUCAGACGUGCUGGUGGCGAUUAUGCCCGCUGGUCUGGUGAGCUUUCCCCAGUCUCAGGAAUUGAGGAUAUGGAGCGUCCACCCCAGAUUCCCCCACGAGACCCCCUCUCUCAGUCUGGCUCACGCACACCAAGUCCACAUGUGGGCUCCCCUCAGACUCGCAGCAGCCUCUGCUCAGCCGCCUCCAUCUGCGGCCCAUCCUACCUCUCCACCUCACCUGCUAAACUCAUGCCAACCACUCAGAGCUUUGCCUCUGAUCCCAAAUAUGCUGCUCCCAAGGUCAUCCAGGCACAGGGCAAAGAUAAGGAGCAAGCCAAAGGGCCCUGCAUUCUGCCUAUUGUACGUGAUGGCAAGAAGGUCAGCAACACGCAUUACUACCUCCUGCCUGAGAGGCCUCCGUAUCUGGACCGCUACGAUAAGUUCUUCAAAGAGGCAGAGAGCGGUGAGGAGAAGAAGCAGAUAAACACAGCCACUGUUAAGCCCAUGGUCCAUCAACAAGGGGAACUCAAGUCCAAUUUCUCCUCCAAUAACAACAGUAGUUUGACAGGCUCUGGAUUUAGAGGUGGGCUAAAGAACUCUCACAGCCUGUGCCGAGUAAGCUCUGAUGGCUCAUUUAACAGGGCUGACAGCACCAGCAACCACGACAGAGUCAGACUGGUGCAGGAGGCUGUCCAUGGAGUAACAAUUGAAGAAUGUCAGGUGGCUUUACAGAAUCACAGCUGGAAUGUGCAAAAGGCUGUACACUACUUGAAGGUGGAGCAGCUCUUCUGUCUGGGGCUGAAGACGAGGGUGGAGUGUCAUAAGAUUCUAGAGAUGUAUGACUGGAAUCUGGAGUUAGCCAGUACACAACUGUUGGACUCCUAUGGCUCGGUCAAGCUAAGACGAUGAUGGAUUGGAAAAAUCCUCAUGCUCUAAAAGACUGUUGAGAGCACAGAGGGGACACUAAGGGCCAACCAGGAAUCUAUCCUAACAAGCACAUUUUACCUCCAGAUCUGGCGUGUGUGUGUGUGUGCGUGUGUGCAUGUGUGCGUGUGUGUGUUAUACAAGCAUAAGACAGUGACUGUUCCUCCACAAAUCUCUCUCUAGGGUGCAAUACAGGUUCACACAGGUCAAAUUUUAAAGAACCCGCUUUUUAUUUUCCAGUGGAUUGCAACAGAUGGAAAACAAGGUGCUGCUUGUCAUUUUUCAUAAUUUUAUACGAGAGGUGAAUAGACAGACUUAUGAAAGCCGUACGUAUGUAUAUAUUGUCAGAUGUUUUGGUUAUAUAUGUGCAUCUGAUUCGAAUAGUUCCUUUUACAUUUGCUUUUUUAAUUUAAUUUGUUUUGUGUGGGUCACUUGUAACAGAAUAAGAGUUAUUGAAACCUGACCUAUUUCAAAUGUAUGUACAGUAUGUUAAAUUGAUGUAUUAUAUGUUAAAGCCCUUCAUGUUAAACUAUCAUCCUCUGUCCCCCAUGCUGAGAGACUUAAGACCCUCUCUCUGCCUUUAGUAUUAUUAUUUUUGUACUUUGCUCAUGAAUCAUUUUAAACCAAUUGAUUUUGCUGGCGUGGCAGUGAAGUCACAAAACAGUUUUAUUAUUUUUAUUAUUAUUUGCACAAUGCUUCCAAUCUGAAAGUUAAAAGACAAAACGCUUGAAAAUGCAUCAGGAGACCUCCAAAGCACAAUUAAAGUGACUGAACCUUUUCAUUUUUUACAAAUCACAACUGUUAAUGUGUUUGUUUCAAUGUGGUUGGCACAGCACUAGACUCGAUUAGUUUCUCCUAUAAAGUUGCACAGUGAUGUUGUGGCAUUUUUGGCAUCAUAACGUUUUGUUGCAACAACACAUGCAAA